CUCAUUCUCUGGCCCCUUCCCCAAAGCGGGGAGUGAAGCAGUCUUCUUUCUCUCUAGGUCCGUGGAGUCUGAGGCCGCCAAGGCAAGCUCUGGUAGUAUGUGUGGCUCCCCACAGCAAUUCUGUCUCCUGGCCUGAGCAGCAGCACCUUUCUGUCCGGAGAGCGGUACUAGGGAGGCUCUGAGCUGCCUCACGAAGUUUAGUUUAGCCCUCUGCUAGUUUGUCGGAGGAGCUCCAGGCUGUGAAGUCAGGACCGGAGGAGAUGCCCCUCCACGUGAAGUGGCCGUUCCCCGCGGUGCCCCGGCUCACCUGGACCAUAGCCAGUAGCGUCGUCAUGGGCCUGGUGGGCACCUACAGCUGCUUCUGGACCAAGUACAUGAACCAACUCACCGUGCACAACAAAGAAGUGCUGUAUGAGCUCAUUGAGAACCGAGACCCUGCCACCCCCCUCAUCACGGUCUCCAACCACCAAUCCUGCAUGGAUGACCCUCAUCUCUGGGGGAUCCUGAAACUCCGCCACAUCUGGAACCUGAAGUUGAUGCGUUGGACCCCAGCAGCUGCAGACAUCUGUUUCACCAAGGAGCUGCACUCCCAUUUCUUCAGCUUGGGCAAAUGUGUGCCUGUAUGUCGAGGAGAUGGUGUCUACCAGAAAGGGAUGGACUUCAUUUUGGAGAAGCUUAACCAUGGGGACUGGGUACACAUCUUUCCAGAAGGGAAAGUAAACAUGAGUUCUGAGUUUCUGCGCUUCAAGUGGGGAAUUGGACGGCUGAUUGCUGAGUGUCAUCUAAACCCCAUCAUCCUGCCACUAUGGCAUGUUGGAAUGAAUGAUGUCCUCCCUAAUAGCCCACCCUACUUCCCCCGAUUUGGACAGAAAAUCACCGUGCUGAUUGGAAAGCCCUUCAGUGCACUCCCUGUGCUUGAGCGGCUCCGGGCAGAAAACAAGUCAGCUGUGGAGAUGCGGAAAGCCCUCACUGACUUCAUUCAAGAGGAAUUCCAGCGGCUGAAGAUGCAGGCGGAACAGCUCCACAACCACUUCCAGCCUGGAAGAUAGGCUUUUCCUGCCCAGUCUGUGCCCUGAAGUCCUUAGUCGAGGGAGUACUGGAACCUCCAGGGUUUGGGAAGUAGUGGUGCAGGACCCUGUCCAAGCCUGCUUGACUCUGUACUGCCUUUGAGAUUCUUCCCUGCACAAAACUGAGGCUGGAAGAUGAACUGAUGCUUUUAACUCAGAUAGAUUGGCAUAUAAUCCCUGCUGGGUACUCUUUUUUGUUUGUUUUGAGACAGCGUGUCUCUGACUGUCCUGAAAUUCUGUUUGUAUACCAGGUUGGCCUCAGACCACAGAGAUCCACCUGCCUCUGCCUCCCAAGUGUUGGGAUUAAAGGUGUGCACCACCAUUGCUUAGCCUGGAUACUCUUUCUUAUCCUUGAGCAUCUGACUCCUCUUGGUCUCUUGGACUAAAAGAAGAGCCUUGGCUGUUCCUCACACUUGGCAGAGAAGGGAGGAAGACUCUUAGGCAGGGGCUAAUAUUGGAAGGGAGCAAAGCAGGCAGUUGAGCAACUAAUAGGAGAAUAGGUGUCCUGGCCAUAAAUGCAGAAAGAACCCAAAUGGCCCCUUGGAUGGGCUAUCACCACUUGCCUACCUUUUGCCCAGGGGCUGCUUACAACAUCCUCAGGGAAGGCUGUCAUUCUUCCACCUGAGCUUCUCCCACAGCAAAGUUUAUCCUUGGGUGGCCUCCAAACAAGAGCAAGUCUUGGCCCAGGAUUCAAUCCCAGCUAAACUUAACUAGAUGUUUCUGUUAGAGGGCAGAAAAAGGGCCCCCAAGACCUGAACAUGAACUCCUCGCAUCAGGGCCUAUAUACUUCUCUAACCUUUUUGCCUUGACAUCCCCUAUGUCCUGAGAUCUGGGUUUUCAUGUUUUUAAAGUAAUAAAAUAUUUGUGUUAUGCCACUAUACUUCUGUCUUCUGUGUAGGAAUGCAGAUGGGAAGUACCUUGCUGGACAAGAAAACAGGACCCUUGAGCCUGGAUACAAUGAGAUCAUUUAAGUAGAUGGACAUUGGGAUCUCACUAUGCACUGGCUACUCAAGACUUCCAUUAUCACCUGAAAAUCCCAUAAAAAUAUGGCAGUAGAGAUUCAUAAUAGUGGCAAAAUAAGACUAAUAACUAGAUCAAAACCUCAAGUGAAGUCAGACAUGGUAGUAUGCACCUGUGAUCCCAGCACUCGGGAGGCUGAAACAGGAAUUUUGCCAAGUGUUCAAGGUUGACCUGGGAUACUGAGUGAGACACUAAAAAGAAAAAAAAUUAAAGUCAAGUGUGGAAGGCAGGGGCAGGCAGAUGUCUCUGAGCUACAUAGUGAGACCCUGUCUCAAGAGGA